AUGCAGUUGAGUGCUUGUUUCUUCGUGUUUUGCGCGACGAUCUGUAUGGUUGCGAGUGACCAAAGUGCCGACCACACCGAGGCCGCAGACACUGAAGAAAGUGAAAUUUCGUUGAACGGAUCGGAAAACCUGUAUCAUGUCGUAGCUGCAUCGGAUGUUACUCCAAACAAUCUACCAACCUACACAGAAAAACCGUUCUACUCCUCGUGCAGGGAUGUACCGUCGAAUGUCUCAGGCUACUAUCCGUUCCGUGUCAGCAAUGAAAGUGAAACAUUUCUUGGGUACUGCGAACAGGAAAAACUAGGCGGUGGAUGGCUUUUGAUUCAGUUCCGGUUCGAUGGAUCGGUAGAUUUUUACCGUAAUUGGACCGAAUACCGCGAUGGAUUCGGCGACACUCAGACAGAGUUUUGGAUCGGUCUUGAAAGAUUGCACCGGUUGACAUCUGCCACUCCCCAUGAAUUAGCCGUUCAAUUGAGGGAUUAUACGGAGCUCAACGCGUAUGCUUGGUACAAGGAAUUUGAAAUCGGAAGUGAAUCUGAGCAGUAUGAGCUGAAAAAGCUUGGGAGAUAUGUUGGUAGUGCUGGUGAUUCGAUGAGGCAGCAACAGGGGAUGAAGUUUUCGACCAAAGACCGAGACAAUGAUGUAGACAGUACAACACAUUGUGCCCAAAAGCAUGAAGGCGCCUGGUGGUACUCGCAUUGCAGCGAAGCAAAUUUGAAUGGAAGGUACAUACGAGAGAAGAACGAAAAAGCAUUAUAUUGGUAUUUUUUCCACGAUAACUACGAAGGUUUGGACUACUCAAAAAUGAUGAUUCGCCCAGCAGUGUAG